CCGCGGCCCGGCCCGGCCGGCUCCCUCCCUCCCCGGCAGCACUUCGCCUGCCCUCCCGCCGGCCGCACCGGGCUCCAGGGGGCCAGAGGCUCUGCGGGGUGGGGGGAGGACAGGAGGGGAGGAGGAGGGAGGGGGGACCCCCGAGUCGCCCCCUCUCCUCCCCCCGCCCCCCCAGCUCCAUCCUCCGCCACCGCCCGAGCAGCUGCGGGGCCGCCGCCGCCUUUGCAGGCUGAGUCAUCACUAGAGAGUGGGAAGGGCAGCAGCAGCCAAGAAUCCAAACCCUAAAGCUGAUACCACAAAGUACCUUUUCUCGAAGUUGAGGGCUCAGAGGGGAGCCAUCAUGAGCGAUGUUACCAUUGUGAAAGAAGGUUGGGUUCAGAAGAGGGGUGAAUAUAUAAAAAACUGGAGGCCAAGAUACUUCCUUUUGAAGACAGAUGGCUCCUUCAUAGGAUAUAAAGAGAAACCUCAAGACGUGGAUUUACCUUAUCCCCUCAACAACUUUUCAGUGGCAAAAUGCCAGUUAAUGAAAACAGAACGACCAAAGCCAAACACAUUUAUUAUCAGAUGCCUCCAGUGGACCACUGUUAUAGAAAGAACAUUUCAUGUAGAUACUCCAGAGGAAAGGGAAGAAUGGACAGAAGCUAUCCAGGCGGUAGCAGACAGACUGCAGAGGCAAGAAGAGGAGAGAAUGAAUUGCAGUCCAACUUCACAAAUUGAUAACAUCGGAGAGGAGGAAAUGGAUGCUUCUACGACCCAUCAUAAAAGAAAGACAAUGAAUGAUUUUGACUAUUUGAAACUGCUAGGUAAAGGCACUUUUGGGAAAGUUAUUUUGGUUCGAGAGAAAGCAAGUGGGAAAUAUUAUGCUAUGAAGAUUUUGAAGAAAGAAGUCAUUAUUGCAAAGGAUGAAGUGGCACACACUCUAACUGAGAGCAGAGUAUUGAAGAACACUAGACAUCCAUUUUUAACAUCCUUGAAGUAUUCCUUCCAGACAAAAGACCGUUUGUGUUUUGUGAUGGAAUAUGUUAAUGGGGGAGAGCUGUUUUUCCAUUUGUCGAGAGAGCGGGUGUUCUCUGAGGACCGCACACGUUUCUACGGUGCAGAAAUUGUCUCAGCCUUGGACUAUCUACAUUCCGGAAAGAUUGUGUACCGUGAUCUCAAGUUGGAGAAUUUGAUGCUGGAUAAAGAUGGCCACAUAAAAAUUACAGAUUUUGGACUUUGCAAAGAAGGGAUCACGGAUGCCGCCACCAUGAAGACGUUCUGUGGCACACCAGAGUACCUGGCCCCCGAGGUGUUAGAAGACAACGACUAUGGCCGAGCAGUGGACUGGUGGGGCCUGGGGGUCGUCAUGUAUGAGAUGAUGUGCGGGAGGCUGCCCUUCUACAACCAGGACCACGAGAAGCUUUUUGAGCUAAUACUAAUGGAAGACAUUAAAUUCCCACGAACACUCUCUUCAGAUGCAAAAUCCUUGCUUUCAGGGCUCUUGAUAAAGGAUCCAAAUAAACGCCUUGGUGGAGGGCCAGAUGAUGCAAAAGAAAUUAUGAGACACAGUUUCUUCUCUGGAGUAAACUGGCAAGAUGUAUAUGAUAAAAAGCUUGUGCCUCCUUUUAAGCCUCAGGUAACAUCUGAGACAGACACCAGAUAUUUUGAUGAAGAAUUCACAGCUCAGACUAUUACAAUAACACCACCUGAAAAAUACGAUGAAGAUGGUAUGGACUGCGUGGACAAUGAGAGGCGGCCGCACUUCCCUCAGUUUUCCUAUUCUGCAAGCGGACGAGAAUAAGCCUUUCAUUCUGCUACUUCACUGUCAUCCUAGAUGUAUCACUGACAAUGAUUCCCGGACCUCCCCACCGUCCUCGCUCUUACAGGCAGCAGGGCACCUUCUGACAUCCCAGACAGCCCAGGGUCUCCGCCCCUCGCCACCUUUCACCCCCAUGAGAACACACGUACACAGACACACUCCCAUUUUUGUUUUUUGCAUGAAAUUGUAUCUCAGUCUAAGGUCUCUGCUGUUGCUGCUACUGUCUUACUAUUAGAGCAACUUUAAGGAAUAAUUUUAUAAUCUGUGGAAGUCCCGAGCCCACUGUUGUUCAUCUGUGCACAAAUUGUCAUCUUGAUCUUUCGUUUUCGUUUUUCCCUAACAGUGAAGGCUAAAUGAGAUACACUGAUUCUAGGUACAUUUUUUAACUUUCUAGCAGAUAAAUCAAAAACUAAUUAGACUAAGAAGAUUUAGUUUCUAUUUCCAAACAAGCAGUUGUGAAGGGUGGUGAUGUGCAUAUGCACAAGCUUAGCGAAGCAACUCUGACCAGCGCAUACAAGUAAGGGUAUGUCGCUAGGCUUUAGCUGGAGUUCACUAGCAAGCGUUUGAGAGGACUGAACAACUGGUAAGAUGCACACGCAUUUUUCAUUUCUUUCGGAUACUGCGAAGGAAGCCCAGUAUCACGUGUGGACGUCCAGAUCUCACAGGCAAUCACGGGCAAGUGAACGUUGUUCUACGAGAGCGAAGGCACAUACACAGACUCCCAGUCACCUAAAGGGUCUAGCGUACACUCUGCGCCAGAGAGCAUCUUUCCCUGCGCCUGGCAACCUUUUUCCCGUCUUGAUAUUUAUCACCUCUGAUGGCUGAAGAAUGUAGACAGGUAUAAUGAUCCUGCUUUCACCAAAAUUGUACACCAAGGUAAACCAACAGGUGUUUGCCUUAUUAGUUUUAAUUUUGUACUUUUUCAGUUUUAGGUGAUUAGCUUUUUCUCAGAUGUUAAAACUUUGAAUGUCCUUUUAUGAUUUUGUUUGUAUUACAGUAGUAUUUAUUUUUUAGUGAUGAAGAAUUGUAUGUCGUUAGCAAAUGCAGCUCCAGCGUCCAUGCAAUAGACUCACUGCAGUUUCUUUUGACCCACGUGCAAGGAAUGCACACACUGAUGCGCAUCACGCACUUGUCCUCCUGUGUAGAAAUUUUUUUGAUAAGCUUCUGAAAUUGUGCACAUUGAUCAGAAUUCGGCUUUGGGAGAAGAGAUUCUGUCAUUUAAUCCCUUGAUGCUGAAAAUGAGAAAAUCAACUAUUGAUGCCAAGGGGUUAGUGAAAUAAAAGGCUGUUGCUACUUGUUCACUUGAGAAUUAAAAUAUAGGAUGACCUGGCAACGUAACAGAAUGAAGAAAAUUGAGGCCCGAAUGAUGUUGAGAAGUGAACUUUACUUGGCAAAAUGAACACAUUGCAAGCAUUUAUGAAGUAGUGAGUAGAAGAGAAAAGCCUGAUGUGUUCAUUCUGAUCAAGGUACAUUUAUCACUGAACUAAGCCAUCAGGGAAAACAAAACAGAAAGAACACCUCUAGCUUUGUUCUGUACAUACUCAUGUCUCCAGAUCCCAACACUUCUCACUGAGCGGGGACAUGGAUGCAAACCUCAUCUUUCUCCUUCAUAAUGAUGAUCUUCAGAUUAAACCCUUUGGUGCUAGGAGCUGACACUUCCCAAAGCAGCCUAUGAUGUCCAAGGGGCAGGAGCCCUGCCUGUGGCGAGCCGGAGGCACAAGCUCCCUGGAACGACCACGGAGAUGUAUUCUAGUUAAACAGCUCCCAAACGAAGACUGCAUCGCGACGUAGUGUCAUGGUUGCUUUGUGAGAGAGCAAGUGACUUUCUGGUAGGGAAUCAUACCCAUCUGCAGGUGUCUUAGCCUCCUGAUGCUGGAAGUGUGGACGUAGAGCUCUGCAGACCACUGCUGGCGGUGGGUGGGCCGCUGGACUGGCGGGGGUUAAGGGCAUUCUAUUAAGGCAGCUAAGACAUAUUCAGACAUAGAUUUUGUCCUAGUUUUUCAUAUUUCUACCUGAGUGACUUUCAUCCUUAGCAUUCAGUAGGAAGUUACAGUAAAUGGUAGUUCAUUCUUACAUCUUACAGAUUAACUUUUUUUCACUUGGAAUUAUGUUGAAUGUUUCACAGCGACAAAGUAGACUAGAGGGUGUGUCCUCUAAGUUGUCUUGCAUCCAUUUGCUAAGAAAGAAACAGGUGAGGGAAGAGAAGGCUGAGAGUGGCUCAUGUUCAGAGCAUUUGCUCCUUAAGAGGGAAAGCACGACACUGUACAGGAAGCACAGAGCUUUUGUUGUUUUGGUUCCCCUCCCUGAUGCAGUCUGAAGGUGAUUUCCGUGACUUGGCCAAGGAUACUUCGGAAAGAUUGAUGAUGGGCACCGGUAGUGCCCAGGCUGGCCACUCCUCACAGCCACACGCAGGGCUCAGUCGCCCUCUCUGAGGCCGUCAGUGUCACAGAAAGUGUGUUCUUGGCAUCGAUUGUGAGAUUUCUUCCUGUCACUCCCAGUCAUGUGGCGUGAAGGCGUGAGUGAGUGCAGAGGGUGUGCAGAGGCAGCUGUGCGGCUUCCCUAUGUUGCCCAUGGCUGUCGUUUCACAUUCUGGCAGUAGGACAGCCAGAAACCUGGAAUCUUCCUGUCCAAAUCCAGUUCCCACUUUGCAGACUCCAGCUGUACUGUCAUGAAGUCUGACCUCUGUCCCAAGGCAGCCGCCCUGGAGGCACUGACCGCUUCUGCGUGGGCUGCUGGCAAGGGCUGCUCACGGCUUCGCUUUCCACACCAACCACACAGCAUUAUUCCAGUCUGUUUUCCAUUUCCCACACCUGAUUCUGGCUUCUCAAAGCUGACUGUUCUUGUGGGGCCACUUGCUUCUUCUAGAGUACAAAAGUAAGGGCCUCCCUUACUAACUGCAGGGUCUAUAUACUACACCUCAGUGUACACACUUGCUGCUACCGUUUGUACCGUCCACACUAGACCUUCCUUAUCUUGCUCCUGGUAGUGCAUUACAGGCAAGCAUGAAAUGUAAAGUAUUUAUUUAAAUAAAAACAAAACCUCUAAAUUGGUAAUUGAAUUACCUCCCUGUAGCUUUAUAGUUUGUGACAUUUCUUGGCCUUGCUAGUUCUUUCAUUAGAUCCCUGAAAGAUUUGGUCACCUGGGUAAGGAUUUUAAGCAGACACAACUAUGAAACCAAGAAACUGUAUUACUGUUACUGUUGGUCAUACUAAAACUGCUUCUGUCCUUAAGUAUAUGACCCACAAGGAUGUGAAAUAACUACAAGAAACUGUUUUUGUACACUGUACAUCCUUAGUAUUUUUACACGUAUAUGAUAGGGAUGCACAUUAUUUUCCUUCGUACAGACAGCUUAAAUAAAGCACUAUGUCAAUCUGCUACUUCUCUGUUUGUUGUUGUUGGAUGUGGUUCUGUAAUCUCAGAAAAUUAAAUACUGUUCUGGAAAAAAAAAAAACUUUUUUAACAGCCCCACUUGGUAUUAACCUUUCCAGAAUAAGAUGUGAUAGCAAAUAUGUAAAUUCUUCUUAGCCC